ACGCCACUGCCAGUCGACGCGCCGCCGUUUCGGACUGAGGACCGUGGCACGUUUCGUAACAGUCCCCCGAACGGUACGCGUCCUUGGCUCUGUUAACGCAGUCUCUGUUUUAGUACAGGAGACGAGGAUUUUUCUCGGACGUCUCUCGAGUCGUCCUCCAAAAGAGAGAGAGAGAGAAGAGAUUGUUCUCAGAGAAAGCCUCACCGCGAGAAACCUCCGUCGACCCGCUCCCCCGUCAACAACGUAACAUGCUCACGACCGCCGUAAGGACCGUCGUCCGCCGAUCGUUCUCCACGUCGAGAUGGGCAUCAUCGCAGCAGAUGACUGUGCGAGACGCUCUGAACUCGGCCCUGGAUGAGGAGAUGGAGAGGGACGAGAAGGUGUUUCUUCUCGGCGAGGAGGUGGCUCUCUAUGACGGCGCGUACAAGGUUUCCCGGGGUCUCUGGAAGAAGUACGGGGACAAGCGUGUCAUCGACACGCCAAUUACAGAGGCUGGUUUCACCGGUAUCGCAGUUGGAGCAGCUAUGGCCGGCCUGCGACCAGUCUGCGAAUUCAUGACAUACAAUUUCUCGAUGCAAGCGAUCGAUCACAUUAUCAACUCUGCCGCCAAGACGUAUUACAUGUCUGCGGGUAGAGUCAAUGUGCCAAUCGUGUUUCGCGGUCCCAACGGUGCCGCCGCAGGUGUCGGGGCGCAACACUCGCAGUGUUUCGGUGCCUGGUACAGUCAUUGUCCUGGCUUGAAAGUGGUGUCACCCUAUAACAGCGAAGACGCCAAGGGUUUGCUCAAAGCAGCCAUUCGAGAUCCUGAUCCAGUGGUGGUGCUCGAGAACGAAAUAUUGUACGGUGUACAGUAUCCUAUGUCUGACGAGGCUUUGUCCAAGGACUUUGUCUUACCCAUCGGCAAGGCUAAGAUAGAGCGGGUGGGCAAUCACGUGACCUUGGUAGCACAUUCCAAAGCUGUCGAGGAGGCUCUCGAAGCGGCCAACGAACUUGCCGGCAAGGGAAUCGAAGCCGAGGUGAUUAAUCUACGUUCUCUUAGGCCGUUGGACAUGGAUACCAUCAUACAAUCUGUGGUGAAGACGAAACACCUGUUGACGGUUGAGCAGGGUUGGCCGCAGUGCGGUAUCGGUGCGGAGGUCAGCGCGAGAAUCGCUGAGAGCGAAGCUUUUUAUCAUCUUGACGCACCUGUGAUUCGUAUCACAGGAGUCGACACGCCUAUGCCAUAUGCAAAAUCGCUGGAGAUUGCGGCCUUGCCACAGAUCAAAGACAUAGUGUAUGCCGUCAACAAAGUGUUAGGAGUCACGCAGUAGUCAAUUGUACGCGAGUACUUAGGUGAAAUGAUAUUUCUACGAUUUUCCUGACGCGCAAGUUUUCCUAUCCCCGCCACAAUCUACCCAGUACAGCGUACCUUGUCUAAACAUCGAUGAAUAAUAGUAGAAUAAAUGCAGAGGAAUGAAUGACAGUAAGUACAAAAUCUCCGUUCAGUAAAGAUAAUACUCUGUCGCCACUGGGUAGAAUAUUUUGAAAACAUUUCCUUAUAAGUUUUUUGCGUAAAAUUCUUACAAGGAGGUACGUUUGAACGAAAAUACGUUUGUACAUUCAUUAUAAUGUAUAAACGAGGUUUAAGCAAAUGUGCUUCUUAAAAUAGCGCGCAAAAUGUGCGAUGUGUAUCCUGUACAUUAGUAUAUACAUACACACGAUAUUAAUAAUGUUAUUAGAUAACGCGAUAAUAAAUGUAAAUAUAUAUUUUAGUAGUUUAGCGAUAUUUUAUUUAAAAUACCCAAAUGUUAUAGUUACCAACAUUGUUAUAGAUGCAAGUUUUAAAAUUCAAUUCAUUUCAUUAAUAUUCACAUUGGAUUUAAAUAAAUUAACAUUAACUUCCAGUUGAAUAAUUACGAAGUGGUAAAGAGAUAACCGAGCUGCCGUGUCUAUAAAAACUGCCUUUCACUUUGUAGAAUUCCACAUCGCGCACUUAAUUGAAAAUAUCACUAACUUAUAAGAAAAUGUUGAUAGUGCAAUAUGCGUUAUCGCAUAUAUGUAUAUCUAAGUGCACAAUUACAGGCAGCAUACAAUAUGUUGCAUCUGUCUACUAUUUAUUACAGAAAAUUAAUAAAUACUGUACAAAUGAUCAA